GUUCUGGAUUCCAUACAUGUCCUCCUAACACGACAUCAAACGUCAAUGGCACCCUAUGAGCAUUCAGGCAGAAGAGCACAAGACAUGGGGGAGAAGAGCGCGGAGUUGGAUUCACGAAAGGCGAGCGAGCAGAUUGCCCCGAGGACGAGUUAGGCGGGAGAGAGGAGAGUGCGUCGCGACGGCCGACGUGCGCGCCAGGCACGCCCGUAAGCGCUCGUUCUGCGAGGGGAAGAGCGGGAGUGCGCCGGGCGUGACGUCACCUACUAUUACCGCACGUGAAUUUUGUCUUCUUGUCUUCGCGAUUGACCGUCGAGUCCGACGUCGGCCUCAACGAGCCCACGACCGCGCCCUCGCAAAAUGCAUAGCGAGUGCUGCUAGCCAACAGACUCCCCAUGGCAUUCCGGCUCACAUUCGUCCUCCGGGGCCUCGGCAAACAGCAUCCGAGCAUACGCUUCUCGACCUUCCGGCAUGGUUCAUCAUCAUCGUCCUCCUCGAAGCAAUGGACGCGAUACCCGUCGUUCUUCAUCCCCGCUCCCGUCCGACGAUACUCACUCUUAAAGACCGCACUAUGGGUCGUCCCCUUGACCACCGGACUCGCCCUCCACUUCGCCCCUCGACCCAAGUCGACCGUGCCCAACUUCUUCGCGUCUCCCGGCCUCAUCCCCUGCCGUCCCGCGAACGAACUUCCGGAUGUUCCCCCGCGGAGACGGAAGCGGGAGAUACUCAAGGAGCGUGUACUCCGGUUCUGGCUGGAGUACAUCUGGGAACCCAUCCUGACAGCGAAGCGCUUCGUAUACCUCUGCUGCCUCUUCGUCCCGGUCAUCAUCACUUCCCCUAUGCUCUUGGUGGGCGACCCCGACAAGAAGUUGAUGGACGAGCGAUGGGGAGCUGUUUGGUGGUAUGACUUGCUGGUCUACAUGAUGGAGGCAGCGGGCCCGACGUUCAUAAAGCUCGCACAAUGGGCUGCCUCCCGUCGCGACCUCUUCCCCAUCCUUCUGUGCGAGCGCAUGGGCUCUAUGCACUCUAACGCCCACCCUCACCCACUGUCGCAUACGGUGGCUGAGAUCGAGGCAGUCUUCGAUCGCCCCUUCGACGAAAUAUUCGAGGAGUUUGACGAGACGCCCAUCGGCGCCGGUGCCAUUGCUCAGGUGUACCGCGCCACGCUCAAGAACGGCCUCGUCCCCCCGUCGUACAUUGCGCGCCGCCGCCAAGCCAAGACCGCCCCCGUCGCCGCCAUCACCCCGGUCAUUCCCCCAUCCGUUUUACCUAUAGAGGACGACUUGCCCGUCGCGCCCGCCACCGCGGUCGCCAUCAAGAUUUUGCAUCCUAGAGUAGAGAAGACCAUCACCCGGGACCUUACGAUCAUGACGUUCUUUGCCAACAUAAUCAACUGGCUGCCUGGCAUGGAGUGGAUAUCGCUGCCGGAGGAGGUGCAGGUGUUUGGCGGGAUGAUGUUCCAGCAGAUAGACUUGCGGCACGAAGCGGACAAUCUCUUGACGUUCGAGAACAACUUCGCCCCAAGGAAUCUUUCUGUGUCGUUCCCUCGCCCACUUAGCGAAUGGUCGACUCGGGAGUUGCUAGUAGAGGAGUACGUGAAGGCUAUCCCGCUGGAGACAUUCUUGAAGAAUGGUGGUGGGCCGUUCGACGCUAUACUGGCGACGAGCGGUCUCGACACCUUCUUGAACAUGCUCCUGCUCGAUAACUUCGUGCACUCUGACUUGCAUCCCGGCAACAUCAUGGUCCGCUUCAACAAGCCCCUAUCCGGCCGUACACUCAUGGUCAACGCCUUCAAUCGACUACUACGACAAUACUUCCCCUCCCUUGCACCUCCACAUCCUAUCGCAGCUGUCGAGCCUAACGCCGACUCCGACCGCAUCGUCAACCAGCUUCGCUCCGUCGCCAGCUCUCCUCGCGAAUGGCACGCCGCGCUCAACGACCUGAACACCGAGGGCUACAUACCAGAGCUCAUCUUCCUUGACGCCGGCCUCGUCACUACGCUGAACGCGAAGAAUAGGCAGAACUUCCUCGACCUCUUCCGCGCGGUCGCCGAGUUCGACGGUUAUCGCACAGGUCAACUCAUGAUUGAGCGCUGUCGCACGCCGCACCUCGCGAUCGACCCGGAGACGUUCGCGCUAAAGAUGCAGCACAUCGUGCUGAGCGUCAAGCGCAAGACGUUCUCGCUGGGGCAGAUCAAGAUCAGCGACAUCCUGACGGAGGUGCUGAAGGCAGUCCGACAGCACCACGUCAAGAUGGAGGGCGACUUUGUGAACACGGUCAUCUCGAUCUUGCUGUUGGAGGGUAUUGGGAGGCAGUUGAAUCCGGAGUUAGAUUUGUUCAAGGGUGCAUUGCCGAUUUUGAGGCAAUUGGGCGGGCAGAUGGCUCGUGCGGAUGGGCCUGGGUUGUCGACGAGGGAUUUGCCGUCUAGUAAUCUGGCGGCUUUGUUGAAGGUCUGGGUUUGGCUUGAGGCGCGCGAGUUCAUCUCGUCUGCGAUCGUCAACGCGGACGAGAUGAUAAAAUACGACUGGCUCACGCCCAACGCCUAAUUGUGUUGUGUAUCAUAGACAUGCAUGGACAGAACUACAUACUCACGAAUAAUGAGGAUUCUGGCGGCUCUCGCUCAACGUCACUCGCGCUGCGACUCCUCAUAAGGACGCGUACCCGUCGCGUAACUUCGCGCACUUGCAUCGAUGUGUCCUCCAUCGUUCAGCUCCAUCCAGUCACCAUUCCAAGCUGUCAAUCCCGCUG